UUGAAGCGCUGGCUUCACGCGUCCGGUGUAGUUUCCGGUUAGCUGGCGCAUCUGCAGCAUCCAAAGCCGCAGACGAGAAUCGCCAUGAACAACACGGUCAUUUCAUUCUGAUUUUGAUUCUGUCCGAUUAAAAUCAAACCGCAUCCGUUUACCGUUUACCGGCAGGACACCGACGGCAGCGCGCAGAUGAGAGCUGUCACGCGUCCGGGCGGGUUUUGCAGGAAUGCUAGCGUUAGCGCCUAGCCCACUGUGUUUGCAAUCUAAAUAGCUGUUUGUUCAUCAGAUAAGAGACUAAUUCACACGCGUAUGGGCGUCUAAUUAGCCAAAUUAUCCGUUAUUCUGAUUAACAUCCGCAUGUCAUCUGUGUUUUCUGUGAAAAGUGGCUGGUUUUCUUGAGCUGCACAGCUGGCUGAUGAUGGAGAGUUUGACUUUCAUCCAUCAAAACAAUGAUUUCUGUGCACUUCUCGUUUGAAGGUCCGUUUUUCAACCAAUGUUGAAUGUUUACAUCGAUUUCAGCUGGAUUCAAGUAUUUAUAUCGCCAUAUAGACACCAAACACAUCAAUCAUAUCAGGCCAUCUCUGAUAGAUGCUGUAUAUUUGGAUAUAGUCGACUGUGAUGCUUUAAUUUUGCACAUAUACUACUUGUUUUCGUUUACCUGUACGGUCCAUUUAAGCAGUGAUCAGCUCUAGAACUGGGCCUAGAGUCCAUGUUUGCCAGUCAUAGCUGAUAUAGACCUCCUGCACCAGAACUACCAGCCUGCUUCAGUUUCUUAUAGACUCUCAUUUAGCAGCUUUGGGAUCUUGUAGACAUCAUGAAGAAGUUCUUUGACUCCCGGAGAGAGCUGGUGGGCUCCGGGCCAGGUUCUGGAGGGGGAGCUGGAGGUUCUGGGUCUGGCAGUGGUGCUGGUGGGAAUUUCAUCGGAAGGAAUUUUACUGUAGGAAGACACCAGGUCACUGUGGAGGAAACUCUGGCUGAAGGUGGUUUUGCAAUCGUAUUUCUGGUGCGGACUAAUCAAGGCGUUCGCUGUGCCCUAAAGAGGAUGUAUGUCAACAACGAACAUGACCUGCAGGUCUGCAAACGCGAGAUCCAGAUCAUGCGGGAUCUGAACGGUCAUAAGAACAUCGUGGGCUUCCUGGACUCCAGCAUCACAGCAGUGGGAGGUGGAGAUGUCUGGGAGGUGUUCAUCCUCAUGGAUUUCUGUAGAGGAGGUCAGGUGGUGAACCUGAUGAACCAGCGUCUGCAGACAGGCUUCAGCGAACAGGAGGCUCUCCAGAUCUUCUGUGAUACAUGUGAAGCUGUAGCACGUCUGCACCAGUACAAAACUCCCAUAAUCCACCGAGACCUCAAGGUGGAGAACAUCCUCCUCCAUGACAGAGGACACUAUGUUCUGUGUGAUUUUGGCAGCGCCACUAUGAAGUUUCAAAACCCCCAAAGUGAAGGAGUGACUGCGGUCGAGGACGAAAUUAAAAAGUACACAACACUAUCCUAUCGUGCUCCUGAAAUGGUGAACCUGUACAAUGGCAAAAUCAUCACUACUAAAGCGGAUAUCUGGGCGAUGGGCUGUCUGCUUUAUAAACUCUGUUUCUUCACGUUGCCCUUCGGUGAGAGUCAGGUGGCCAUCUGUGACGGUAACUUCACCAUUCCGGACAAUUCCCGCUACUCGCAGGACAUGCACCGCCUCAUCCGCUACAUGCUGGAACCCGACCCUGAUAAGAGGCCUGACAUUUAUCAGGUGUCCUUCUUUGCUUUCAAACUGGCCCGGCGGGACUGCCCUGUCCAAAAUGUAAAGAAUUCUCCCAUUCCUGCUAAACUCCCAGAGCCGAUCCGAGCGAGCGAAGCGGCCGCAAAGAAAAGCCAAACACAGACCAAGGCGAGGCUCACAGACCCCAUUCCCACCACUGAAACCUCUAUCACCCCUCGCCAGCGACCCAAAGCAGCACAAUCCCAGUCUCAGGCACUAGGAGGCAUCCUUCCCAUCCAGCCUGCAGCCCUGACCCCUCGCAAAAGAGCCAACCUGCCUGCUGGAGCUGCUCAACCCAUAGCUGUCAGUGUGAACUUGGCUCAGCCGGCGGCAGCUCUUCAGUCUCAGAAAGCCCAGGCGUCUCCGGCUCCUCAGCAGAAAACGCAGCCGAUCCCCGUCACAGUCACGGCUACAGCAGGAGGCAUUCCAGCUGCAAGCCCCACCCCUCAAAAAGCAGUAGCCACGCCUCCUCCAUCAAGCCCCGCCCCGCCUACGGCACCUGCAAGAAGUGCUCGUCGCAAGCAGGCAUCAGUGGCUCAACAGCAGUCAGUGGUAGCCCCGCCCACUGCCACUCAGCCAGCUGUUGCCCAGCCCCCAGCCCAGGCGGAGCCAACAGCAGCUCCUCCCACCGUCCAGCAGCCAGCGCCUCAAUCCCAGAUCAGCCCAGAGGACGCAGAGGAGAGGCCUGCCGCCCCUGGCCUGUCCCAGACUCCGCCCUCAUCUCCAAGAACGGCCCAGAAGGCGGGGCACAGACGCAUUCAGAGUGAUGUCACCCACAGCGCAAUGUUCGGAGUGCCAGUCAGUCAGUCCACUCAGCAGCUGCAGGCGGCCACAGCCGAGGCCAGCCUUAACAAGUCAAAGUCAGCUAGCGCUACUCCUUCCAACUCUCCCCAGUCCUCCCAACAGAGUGUUUACCAGCCUGCCCAGCAGCAGGCCAGUGUUUCUGUCCCCCAAGCUCCUGCCUCGGCUGCUAAUCUGACAAGCCCUCCAACCCAGCCCACCUGGAAUCCCUUCGAUGAUGACAAUUUCUCCAAACUCACAGCUGAGGAUCUUCUCAACAAAGACUUCACCAAGCUAGCUGAUGAACCCGUUGAACCUUUGAUCGUCACUUCCGACAGUCUUAUUCCUGGACUGGAAGCUGCAGAAUCUGCUCCUCCAUCUUCUGCUGAACGACCUGCUGAUAUUCUUGGCUUGGAACCUGGAGCUGGUUUGCUAGCUGUGCCAGAGAAGCUGAUAGAGGGCCUAAAGUCUCCAGAUACCUCUCUCAUGCUGCCUGAUCUGCUGUCCAUGGCUGAUCCCUUUGGCAGCUCCAUUGAGGAAACCAGAGAUGUGAAUACGGAUGUGUGUCUGGACUCUCUGAUUCCUGGCUUGGAGCCCCCUCAGGCUCAGCUGCAACCUGUGGAGGCAGAAUCGGCAUCAUUAGUACUGACAGACCCAUUGAUUGGAGACGACUCAUUGCUGGGCGGUCCUCUGUCCUCUAGCUCCGCCUCCUGUCUUGAUGACUUUGCAGUGCUUUCAGGAGGCCCCUCCCAGAACAUACCAGCUGCAGAGCCAUGUUUGAUCUCAGGCUUUGAGCCGUCGAGUGCUGAAACAGCCAAUGAAGAUGAAUUUGACCCCAUACCUGUCCUGGUGUCCAAAAACUCUCAAGAUGAUCUGCCUAACGUAAACGGCAAUGAAUCUGCAUCAUGCAUCCAAAGCUCAGAUGUUCCUGCAGAAGAAGAAGAGGAGGAGGAGGUUUUGCACAUGUGCAGUGGAUCAAAGCUGCUCCUGCUGGACUCCAAACUCCUCAACACUACAUCUCUCAAACUCUCUCCAUCCUCCUCUCCAGACGUCUUCUCCAGCGCCCCAUUCCCUGGCUGUGGGCCAGACAGUAGGGACAUCUUCACCAGUGCUCCAUUUCCACAAAUUCAGCCAUCUCAUCCGCAGCCUGACGUCUUCCUCCAAGCACCGUUUUACAAGAGGAGCGAAUCACAUGUAGCGCAGAUCUCCAAUGGUGAUGAUCCUGUUCUUCCUCAUCCUCCGGUGCACAGUCAGAUCCGCUUCCCAUACUGCGCCGAGGCUCCGAUGCCCCAACAGCCCAUUGCAGCCCAUCGUGUAGUGUCCAGUGUGGGCCAGCAGGCGGCCAUCAGUUCUGUCCCUGUUGGGCCGCUUCACUCCUGGACGGUGGGUGUUCAAGCGGUGAUGGACCCCUUCCUGGCGGCCCCGUUUCAACCCCGGGGCCCAUUGGGAAAGCCUUAAAAUGAUUAGUUCACCCAAAAUGGUAAAUUUCCUCACUUUUUACUCACUCUCAAUGGGUUUCACAAAGGUUGCACAAUAUAUGGUUUCAGCAUUGAUACACUCAAAAAAAAUAGUUGGAUGAACUCAAUUUAAUGGAGGUCUAUACACCAACACAAUAGAUUUGUAAUAAAAGGAACAAGAUAAGCUUUAACUGCAGACUGUCUGCUUUCAUUUGAGGGUAUAUACAUCCAAAUCAGGUGAACGCUGUUGGAGUUAUAACAUUUUGCAUAUGUGCCUCCCACUUGUUAAAGGUCCAAAAGUAAUUAAACAGAAUAAUAACCAGAAAUCAAACUUUACUUUUUAAUACUUGGUUCCAUAUCUUUUACAGUCAAUUACUGCCUGAAGGCUGGAACACAAAGACUUUAACAGACACUGGGUUUCAUUCCUGGUGGUGCUCUGCAAGACCACUACAGCAACUGUUUUCAGCUUCUGCUUGUUCUUGGGGCAUCUUCCCUUCAGUUUUGUCUUCAGCAAGUGAAAUGCAUGCUCAAUUGGAUUCAGAUCAGGUGAUUGACUUGGCCAUUGCAUAACAUUACACUUCUUUCCCUUCGAAAACUCUCGUUGCUUUUGCAGUAUGCUUUUGAGUCAUUCUCCAUCUGCACUGUGAAGCGUCGUCCAACGAGUUCUGAAGCAUUUGGUGUAAUAUAAGGAGAAAAUGUUGCCUAAAACUCUUCAGAAUUCAUCUUGCUGCUUUUGUCAGCAUCCCAUCAUCAAUAAAUAAAAGUUCCAUUGACAGC